AUGUCGUAUUCUAGACAGUUCUCUGAAAAACAUUUAGAAAUGGAGAAACUGUUUUCGUUUAAACGUUAUUUCAUGAACAACGCAGACUCGUACCACGGUAUGUGUGUGCUUAGCGAAGUUUCUAAGAUAUUAGCUAAAAAUGCGAUUCCGCCUAGUGUCUCGGACACCGUUGUCGGGGAAGAUGCACCACCAAGGCCGCCUCUUCCGCCGGAAUUCCCGUAUGAAAUUUACGCUACCGUCGUAAAUGAAAAGGAUCCCCAAACAGAAAAGAAGAAAGGAAUGGAGAAUGUGGCUAAAAUCUUAUCCAAAGAUAAAAAGCUAGUUCAAACACUGCUUACUUGCGGGACAGUUAUCUUGGAUAUAAGCUACGAUAGGGAAGAAGUCCAUACCGCCAUGGAAUAUUUAAAAUUGUUAAAAGCAUUGCUGGAGAGACAACUCGAAUCCAUGGGAUUAAAGCCUGACGACGCAGAUGCGAACGAUGACGCCGGUGGUGAAUCCAAGAAACGUUACUUGAUACUCAUAUCUACUGUAAUGUCUUGGGCUGCGACGAAGCCUUUAGACCCUGAAAAUCCAGAAAUGGCAUUCAUUGAAUCAGAUUUUCGUAAAAGGAAACCUCAUCCAAAUUAUAAAGAUUAUUACGAUGUCGAAAACGAAGUGAUUGGUAUAGCUAGAAAAUAUAAAAGUCAGAUCGGCGCUAUUGUGGUAUGUACUGGAGUCACUUAUGGAGGAAAGGAAGACGUGUUAUAUUAUUGGUUCCAAAAGGCUUGGGAAUGCGAAAAAUUUCUACCAAUAAUCGGCCGUGGUGGAAACGCUGUUCCGCUUAUCAACGUAUUGGAUUUAGCUCAAAUUGUAUACAAUUUGAUCUCCGAUUUUCCAAAGAAGUUGUACAUUCUGGCUGUAGAGCAAAAUAUUACGAAACAAAGAGAGAUAGUUAAACCUCUCGGAAGAAUCGUAGGAUCUGGAAUGUUCAAGUGUUUACCACCAGAAGACGCAUUUUUGGUUAAAGAAUUAGAUCAAAGAAUCUUUGACUUAUUCACCAUUAACUUAAAUAUGGAGCCGACCUUCAUUGUUGAAACCAUGGGACUGGAAUGGACCUCCGAAUUGACAUUCGGAGAAAAUAUACCAGCACUGAUUAAACAGUUUAAAAAAGAAAGGGGGCUUAAACCUUACAAGGUAGUCAUUUAUGGGCCGCCACUAGUGGGAAAAACCUCUCUGGCUAAGCAAAUAUGCGAACGCUAUGGUCUUCUUUACGUGUCGCCAGAAACGAUAGCUGCGGAUAUGACUGAAGAAUUGGGAUGGCGUGUGCAACAUUGGAAUACACAAGGUGAAACUGCAGCGCUUGGUAUUGCAGGCGGCGAAGAUGAUGAUGUUACGGCAUCUAUGGAAGAUAUUGCCGACGAAGAGGCUGUCCAAGAAACUGCAAGAAACACCCUUGCAAUGUUACGGUCAGGGCGACCUCUCGGUGAAGAAGAGAUUAUUUCCUUUUUGCGUCAACGACUUUUAGGUCAUGAGGCCUUAAAUAAAGGUUGGGUGCUUGACGGAUUCCCAACAAAUCUAAUUCAGUGUGCCACACUUUUCGAGAGGGGUGAUGAAACGGAUUCUGUGGCUGAGGAGGAUAAUGAAGAUGAACAAUUCGAAGAAGACGCUGAACUUUACAGUAAUGUGCUAAAGAAAAUACUGCCUGAUAUCGUCGUUUCUCUUGAAGCAACAGAUGACUUUAUUUGUGAAAAAGCAAUGCGUCAACCCCAAGGAGAUUCUUAUUUGGAAGAAGAAAUUAUCCUUAAACGUCUCUCUGAGUUCCGAGUCGGAGACACAAGAGAUUUGACGCCUCUUAAUUUUUUCGAUGAGCUUGAUAUACACCCUCUGGUGGUACCUGUGAAAGAUCACAAUGAUUAUGCCAUGCAGAAACCAUACGCUAAUGUUGCGUUGCGUAUGGGCAGACCUUGCCGCUAUCCAAAACUGCUUGCCUUAACUGAAGAGGCUGAGAAAAAAGAAGCCCAAGAAAUUAAAUCAUUGCGAACUAAAGAAGAACAAAUUUUGAAGGAAAUGGAAAAGAAAAUGCAAGAGGAACGUGAAGACAAAAUGGAAUAUUGGUCCGAGUUAUACGCUUUACUCCGCGAAGAAGAGGAAGCAGCACUAGCGGCAGCAGGAGAGCCAAUGCGCAACUAUCUCGUUCACCACAUCUUCCCUACUCUUACUCCUGCUCUGCUUGAAGUGGCCAAACUGCGUCCUGAAGACCCUAUUGACUUUUUGGCCGAGUACUUGUUCAAGUUGAAUCCUAACGGCAAAAUGCUCGAACCGGGUUUCAACCUGCAAGCCGAGAAGAUGUUGGGCAGAAUUAAACUACUAGAUGAUGCGCUUAAAAACUUGGAAAUAAAGAUUGACCCUCUUAUUCCGUCUGAUGCGGAAGUUGAAGAGGAAAAAAAGCAUGUGAUAAAUCCCAUGAGUGCAUUAUAAGUUGACUGUACUUUCAUAAAUUACUUUUACUUACUUAUGAAUAUGAUACCUAAAUAUAUAUACAUUCUUUUAAUGUUUUGCGCUUUACAAACAAAUUAAAUAUUAGAUUUAUUAUGUACAAAAUCGUGCGUGACACGAAACG